AACUUCCCACCGCAGAUUCGCAAGAAUAGCCGACGCCAGCGACGCUGCCGCGGUCCCGAAACGAAACUCCGACAUCGAUUUACGGUAGCGGUCUGGACAGACGGACUAUAUUUCACGUCCAAAAAUUAUAAUUAACGCUUCCCCGCGUAAUGUAUGUGGUGCUAGUGCAAUAAAACGCGAGAGAAACGCUAGUGAGCUAUCCUGCGGUGUUAUGUUGAAUGUGUGCUUAGUGUGAAAUUCCGCUAUAUUAUAGUGAAGUGGUUUGUGCGGUGACAAAAAGUCGUCUUAUCGCCUCUCGGGAGCCAUUAGCCGGUCGUGCAUGAUUCCGUCAAGGAGUUUGCAGUGAGCACACCCAUCACGAAUUACUGACAAGGCGAGCAGACAAGAUGGCGGACACUGAGGCGGAGACGCUGCCCAACGGCACUGGGCCGCUGUCGGCCGAGGAGGAGGACCGGCUCAAGCAGCGCCCCGCCGACAUCGACGCCGACGUGCGCGAGAUGGAGCGGCGCAAGCGCGUGGAGGCGCUGAUGUCGUCCAAGCUGUUCCGCGAGGAGCUGGAGCGCGUGCUGGACCAGCAGAUGCACGAGGGCAACGACGCGCCGCUGCUGCAGCGCAUCCGCGAGAUGGUGGGCGGCCGGCUGCACACGGGCAGCCUCAGGGGUCCCAGCUGCGUGUUGCCCAUAAAUGACAUCAGAGGCAUCGAAGGCGUGGGCUACGAGAAAGGAGAAAAGAUACUGCGGUGCAAGCUGGCUGCGGUCUACCGUUUAGUGGACCUCUUUGGAUGGACUCAAACAGGCAUCAGCGGCCAGAUCACCGCGCGCCUCAAUACCGCCGUGGAGCAGGUGCUCACGACGCCCCGGGGCCUCUUGCCGCACGAGGUGACCGCCUCGUCGCUGGUCAAAGUGGACAUGCAGGGCGCCGUGCAGGACCAGGGCACCACCAACUUCCCCGUCAACGUCGAAGGGUUCUCCCUCCACGCGUCCGUGCACGCGGCGCGGCCGGACGUGCGCUGCGUGCUGCACGUGCGCUCGGCCGGCGCGCUGGCCGUGUCCGCCACGCGGCGCGGGCUGCUGCCGCUGUGCCACGAGGCGGCGCUGCUGGGGGACGUGGCCUACCACCGCGUGCCCAACGGUCUUCUGGACAAUGAGGAACAGGAGAAGCUCGUCCGAGCCCUGGGCCCUCACGCCAAGAUCCUGAUGCUGUCCGGAGGCGGCGCGCUGUGCUGCGGGGCGACCCUGGAGGAGGCCUUCUACCAGGCCAAGAACUUGAACGCCGCCUGCGAGGUCCAGCUGCGCCUGGCCUCGCUGCCGCUGGAUGAAUUGACGCUUCUGGACGAGGAGACUAGGAGACAGAUGUACGAGUCGUCGCGCAAGCCGCCCACGGACGCGGCCAAGUGGCGCGUGGGCGGGGAGGAGUUCGAGGCGCUCAUGCGCAUGCUGGACAACGCCGGCUUCCGCACCGGCUACAUCUACCGCCACCCGCUCGUCAAGAACGACGUGCCCCGGCCCAAGAACGACGUGGAGGUGCCACCCGCCGUGUCCUCUCUGGGAUACUUGCUGGAGGAGGAGGAGCUCUACAAGCAGGGCCUAUGGAAGAAGGGCGGCGCUAAAGCGGGAGAGCGCACCCGCUGGCUCAACUCGCCCAACGUGUACCAGAAGGUUGAGGUGCUGGAGACGGGCACCACCGACCCCAAGAAGAUCACCAAGUGGGUCGACGCUAACAACGACGAGUGGGUGCAAGACGGUUCGCCGGCGCACUCCAGCACGCCGGUGAAGAUCGACACGCUUCAGUUCGUGCCCAAGAACACCAACCCCAAGGAGUUCAAGCAGUUGCAGCAACAGAUCAAGGAGAACCGGCGCGCAGACAAGAUCAGCGCGGGCCCGCAGAGCCACAUCCUGGAGGGCGUGACGUGGGACGAGGCGGCCAAGCUGGUGGGCGAGGACGCCGCCAACACGCACACCGGCGACCACGUCGUGCUAAUGGGCGCAGCGUCGAAGGGCAUCAUCCAGCGCGGCUACCAGCACAACGCGACCAUGUACAGCGCGCCGUACGCGCGGAACCCCUUCGACCACGUCACCGACAACGAGAUCGACGACUACCGGCGCACCGUCGAGCGAAAGCAGCGCCCCGACUACGACACAGACAUAUCGGAGUCGGAGGCGGUGAGCGCGGCGCAAGUGACGUCACCCAACACUGCGCCCUCUGACACCGAGGACGAGUCGCGAGACGAACAACGCGUUCUCCGGAUAGAAACCAAGCAGGUGCCGGUGCGCAGUCAGCCAGAGGUCGUCCUAAGCGAUGUGGACACGACAGAUUUCUUGAAUGCCGAGCGCGAGCACGCCGACCGGACUAAAGGAGAGCACACGGUGAACGGUGACCAUUCCGACGCGCAUCAAAGCACCUUCUCGCAUAGCAGUAAAGAGGGCUCGCCCUCCAAGGAGGUGUCGACGGAGGAGUCGCCGAAGAAGGACAAGAAGAAGAAGAAGGGCCUGCGCACGCCGUCCUUCCUCAAGAAGAAGAAGGAGAAGAAGAAGGACAAGAGCGCCACGCCACAGCCCGCAUAGAGGUAGCGCAAAUAAAACUCAAAAACAACACUGCCAUCUCGCUUUCAAAAGUAAUUUUAAGAGUUCCCAAAAUUUUUGCAACCGCUCUUAUGCCGCUUCUUUCGUAAACACAGAGUCGUACGGAGUAUACCCCGGCACACUGCGCCGUUACUAUUUGACAGGUCCGUUUAGUGUUGUGCCGAUCACUUAUCGAUAUGAGCAUUAUUUGACAGUAUUUUUACACAUUAAACGUCAGAAAUUUGCUUGUGACGUUAAUUUUACAUCGUUUGUAAUGAUAUUUAGAAAGGUGAAAUGACUUCUAUAUAAGUGAUAUUAUUUUUUUUUUUAUUAUAAAUCCCUAUUUACAGUUUAUUUUUUGUAUUAUCUAUAGAUAAUGUGACGAAAAAAAAUAUCUGUGACUAUUGUUUUAAAAUAGUUAGAACUCGGGGAUAUUUUAUGAUGCAUUAAGUCAAGUCCAAGCUUUCAAUGAAAAAUAAAUCUUCUGUAGGUUUGACAUUAGUCUCGACGUAUGUCGUGAAAACAAAAUGACACAUUGUCGACAAAUAGCGCUGAUUGGAGAAUAUUGCCACCCCUUUCGUUGCUAUAAAAGGAAAGAGAGAGCUAUCUGAUACGCUAGUAAAAAAAUGUUUUGAGUGUGAAAUAAUUCCUUAUUCGUAUCUGGCAAUAAACCAAGACAUUCUCAACCGGGUUAUAGUGUCUAAGUGAAAGUCUAAAUACAAUUGGAAUGUUAAAUGGUUAACAGCGAAAAUUGUCUGGGGUAUAUGAUAAAGUAUGCGGAACCCACCUUGGCGUUAAUGUUGCCACUUCACGGUAGAUGGCGCUCAAACCGCUUGAGCAUCCGCUCGGACGCAGCCGAGCAAUUGCUCGGCGCUGAGCAUUUAGUAGUAAGGUAGAUGCAGACGUAAUUUAUUUGACGAUUUUGAAAAACAAAUUAUCAAAACCGACUUCAAUUGAUACAAUAUUAAAAUCAAUUUUGAAAAUGAAGUUCAAUGCAAAUUGUUCGAAGGAAAUCUUGAAAAAUUAUAACAAUGAUGAAAUGAAUUUGUUUUUGAAGUCGGUUAAAUUGUAAUGCUCUUUUUUUCUUAUGACUUGCCAAGCGCCUUAUGAGAAAUUGAUAUUUUUAUUAUUGAUUUUUUUUAUAUAUAAUUUCUGUUGCUGUCCGUACGUUUACAAAGGGAUUUGUUGCCAGUUUUUUAAUGAAAUAAAUCCAUUAAUACAUUUUAUAUUAAUUAACAUGUUAAUGAAAUUAAAAAUAUUUUAAACAAAUAAUAUCAACUGAGAAUAAUGCUCAAAAAUGUUUUACUAUGGUAACAUUUUAAUUUAAAUUAAAAUUUUUAAUAACACUGGCAACGAUCUCUUUGUAAACCGUCCGGACUAGUGUUUUGGUGCAUUCUUAAUUGAAUAAUUAUUACAUUAUGUAAUUAUAUAAUUAUUGUAUUUUUUAUAAUUAUAAAAAAAAUUAAAUACGGCAUGUAAUGCUUUCCAUGUUGGGGUCACCCGCGCCAUUCGUGCUUUUAAAAUGUAAUUGAUUAAUUGAAUAGUUUAGCUAGGGAUGCGCAAAAGGUAAAGUAUCGAUACUCGACAGAUAACUACAUUAUAACAACAGUAAUAAGUAAGUGGACAAAAGUAACAUAAACCUACUCCUACGUGUAAAGAGGUAAACCCUAGUUCAGAAUUUUCUUAUGAAAUAUAAGCAUUAUUAUAGUGUAUGAAAACUAUAUGAAUCAUUUAAAAAAUUAUACAUAUGACACUAUUACAUAAUAUACGAAUAUUUAAAGUGCAUUAUUUUAUAAAGGAAAUUUUAGAAAUAUUUGUGUACUAUCGUACUCGAUAGUUUAAAUUUUUCGGCUUUUAAUUUGUUUUUUUUUUUUUCAAAAGUAAUAUUAAAGUAAAGAAAUCAAAGGACAAAUUACUCGAAUCGGUCAAGCCGUGUUCGAGUUUUAGCGAAACUAAUUUACAUCAAUUAGUUUUUAGAUAUAAGACAAAGUAUCGAUACUCUAGCACAUCCCUAUGUUUGGCCGCAUUCGGUCCGCGCCCGUAGACCAUCCAGCGGCAAGACGUGUGUUCGGCGAAAUAUUAUUAAAAAUAAAAUAUAUUAAUAAUAUAUAGUAGCACUAUCGAUGUAAAGUUAAGAAAUUAUUGGCUAGCCUACAGUUUUUGUAGAUUUUUUAACUUAUUAUUAUUAUUUUCAUUUUUGAACGUAACGGGACGUAACUGAGUCGUUUAUUCAAGAUGGCGGCCGGGGAAACGUCACUCUGGUACUUUAGUGUGCAAUUCUGACAUCUGUCAAUGUCAAGUGGUCACACGAAAAAAAAUAAACAGAUGGCUUAACCUUGUUUUGCCUUACUGUGUAUGUUUUGAAGACAUUGUUAACUUAUUUUUUUAACAAAAGUUGAUCCAGUCAAAUUACAUGCAAAAAUUUAGUUAUUUUCGGAUUUUAUUUUAAUAUAGAGAAUAACGAAAGUUUAUUUUCCUUUUAGCGCAAAAUUAAUGACGUCAUUUCAAAGUUGUAUCGUCCAAUUAGUAGCUGUCAGAAAAGCAUAGUAAAAAGCCAGUCUUUAUGUAUUAAAACGGUUUUGCGAAUUCAUUGAAUACCUCAAUAUUUGCCAUAUUUAUAUAUUAUUGUUAUUUUAAUCCGCCUUUAAAUGGUUUUACUACCACGAAAGAAAAAAAACAAAAAAUGACAGCCCGCCAUUUUGAAUAAA